AUGACUUCCAAAGUCCCGCCCAAAGUGGAGCGCAAGAUCUUACCCAAAACGGACAAGCUUUCGGUGAGCACGCCCGAAUCCGCUACGAGACUAUCAGCCUCCGCCUUGACCGCCCCCGUGAAAAUCGCGAGUGGUCAAGUCGUGUUGCCCGUCCAUCUGGUCAUGACGUGCCCCACUUGUUCAGUCCAGAUUGUGGCGUCCUCGAUAAGAGAAAUCCACGAUCACUCAUGCCCAACCUCGGCCAAGUCCCUAGCCAAAGGCUCCGUAAUGAAACCGUCGGCAUGGCCCUGCACGUUUCCCGGUUGUUCAAAAAUGCUGAGUUCGCAGUCUACUUUGAAAUAUCAUCUUAAGUGCGCACACACUUCAAAGAAGGACGCGACUCCAAAUCGCCGACGGCCUUAUGCCAAUCGCCCCGGCAAGUUUGCGUGCUCCGUGGCGGGUUGCUCCAAGUCGUAUGUCAGCCAGAACUAUCUGAUCGAGCACAUCCGGAUUCAUACGGGUGAAAAGCCGUUCAAGUGCGAAGUGUGUGAUAAAAACUUUUACCGGAUACUGGACUUAAAGAAACAUCAAUUGUUGAAGGUGUGUGCUUGA